AUGGCAUUGUCACGUAGCGUUCAGGCAGAAAGUAUCGCGGGUGAUGAUGCAGUUGCUACAUGCAGGGAACUCAACAACCAGUAUACCACAUACGGCAACCAGUGCACAACGACACUCAACAACCAGUGUACCACACACGUCAACCAGUGCAGGGAACUCAACAACCAGUGUACCACACACGUCAACCAGUGCAGGGCACUCAACAACCAGUAUACCACACACGUCAACCAGUGCAGGGCACUCAACAACCAGUAUACCACACACGUCAACCAGUGCAGGGCACUCAACAAUCAGUAUACCACACACGUCAACCAGUGCAGGGCACUCAACAAUCAGUAUACCACACACGUCAACCAGUGCAGGGCACUCAACAACCAGUAUACCACACACGUCAACCAGUGCAGGGCACUCAACAACCAGUAUACCACACACGUCAACCAGUGCAGGGCACUCAACAACCAGUAUACCACACACGUCAACCAGUGCAGGGCACUCAACAACCAGUAUACCACACACGUCAACCAGUGCAGGGCACUCAACAACCAGUAUACCACACACGUCAGCCAGUGCAGGGCACUCAACAAUCAGUAUACCACACACGUCAACCAGUGCAGGGCACUCAACAACCAGUAUACCACACACGUCAACCAGUGCAGGGCACUCAACAACCAGUAUACCACACACGUCAACCAGUGCACAACGACACUCAACAACCAGUGUACCACACACGUCAGCCAGUGCAGGGCACUCAACAACCAGUGUACCACACACGUCAACCAGUGCACAACGACACUCAACAACCAGUGUACCACACACGUCAACCAGUGCAGGGCACUCAACAACCAGUGUACCACACACGUCAACAAGUGCACAACGACACUCAACAACCAGUAUACCACACACGUCAGCCAGUGCAGGGCACUCAACAACCAGUAUACCACACACGUCAACCAGUGCAGGGCACUCAACAACCAGUAUACCACACACGUCAGCCAGUGCAGGGAACUCAACAACCAGUGUACCACACACGUCAACCAGUGCAGGGCACUCAACAACCAGUGUACCACACACGUCAACCAGUGCAGGGCACUCAACAAUCAGUAUACCACACACGUCAACCAGUGCAGGGCACUCAACAACCAGUAUACCACACACGUCAGCCAGUGCAGGGCACUCAACAACCAGUGUACCACACACGUCAGCCAGUGCAGGGCACUCAACAACCAGUAUACCACACACGUCAACCAGUGCAGGGCACUCAACAACCAGUGUACCACACACGUCAACCAGUGCAGGGCACUCAACAAUCAGUAUACCACACACGUCAACCAGUGCAGGGCACUCAACAACCAGUAUACCACACACGUCAGCCAGUGCAGGGCACUCAACAACCAGUGUACCACACACGUCAGCCAGUGCACAACGACACUCAACAACCAGUAUACCACACACGUCAGCCAGUGCAGGGCACUCAACAACCAGUGUACCACACACGUCAGCCAGUGCAGGGCACUCAACAACCAGUGUACCACACACGUCAGCCAGUGCAGGGCACUCAACAACCAGUAUACCACACACGUCAGCCAGUGCAGGGCACUCAACAACCAGUGUACCACACACGUCAACCAGUGCAGGGCACUCAACAACCAGUGUACCACACACGUCAACCAGUGCAGGGCACUCAACAACCAGUAUACCACACACGUCAGCCAGUGCAGGGCACUCAACAACCAGUGUACCACACACGUCAGCCAGUGCAGGGCACUCAACAACCAGUGUACCACACACGGCAACCAGUGCAGGGCACUCAACAACCAGUGUACCACACACGGCAACCAGUGCAGGGCACUCAACAACCAGUAUACCACACACGUCAACCAGUGCACAACGACACUCAACAACCAGUAUACCACACACGUCAACCAGUGCAGGGCACUCAACAACCAGUAUACCACACACGUCAACCAGUGCACAACGACACUCAACAACCAGUGUACCACACACGUCAACCAGUGCACAACGACACUCAACAACCAGUAUACCACACACGUCAACCAGUGCAGGGCACUCAACAACCAGUAUACCACACACGUCAACCAGUGCAGGGCACUCAACAACCAGUAUACCACACACGUCAGCCAGUGCAGGGCACUCAACAACCAGUGUACCACACACGUCAGCCAGUGCAGGGCACUCAACAACCAGUAUACCACACACGUCAACCAGUGCAGGGCACUCAACAACCAGUGUACCACACACGUCAACCAGUGCAGGGCACUCAACAAUCAGUAUACCACACACGUCAACCAGUGCAGGGCACUCAACAACCAGUAUACCACACACGUCAGCCAGUGCAGGGCACUCAACAACCAGUGUACCACACACGUCAGCCAGUGCAGGGCACUCAACAACCAGUAUACCACACACGUCAGCCAGUGCAGGGCACUCAACAACCAGUGUACCACACACGUCAGCCAGUGCAGGGCACUCAACAACCAGUGUACCACACACGUCAGCCAGUGCAGGGCACUCAACAACCAGUAUACCACACACGUCAGCCAGUGCAGGGCACUCAACAACCAGUGUACCACACACGUCAACCAGUGCAGGGCACUCAACAACCAGUGUACCACACACGUCAACCAGUGCAGGGCACUCAACAACCAGUAUACCACACACGUCAGCCAGUGCAGGGCACUCAACAACCAGUGUACCACACACGUCAGCCAGUGCAGGGCACUCAACAACCAGUGUACCACACACGGCAACCAGUGCAGGGCACUCAACAACCAGUGUACCACACACGGCAACCAGUGCAGGGCACUCAACAACCAGUAUACCACACACGUCAACCAGUGCACAACGACACUCAACAACCAGUAUACCACACACGUCAACCAGUGCAGGGCACUCAACAACCAGUAUACCACACACGUCAACCAGUGCACAACGACACUCAACAACCAGUGUACCACACACGUCAACCAGUGCACAACGACACUCAACAACCAGUAUACCACACACGUCAACCAGUGCAGGGCACUCAACAACCAGUAUACCACACACGUCAACCAGUGCAGGGCACUCAACAACCAGUAUACCACACACGUCAGCCAGUGCACAACGACACUCAACAACCAGUAUACCACACACGUCAACCAGUGCAGGGCACUCAACAACCAGUAUACCACACACGUCAACCAGUGCAGGGCACUCAACAACCAGUGUACCACACACGUCAACCAGUGCAGGGCACUCAACAACCAGUGUACCACACACGUCAACCAGUGCAGGGCACUCAACAACCAGUGUACCACACACGGCAACCAGUGCAGGGCACUCAACAACCAGUAUACCACACACGUCAACCAGUGCAGGGCACUCAACAACCAGUAUACCACACACGUCAACCAGUGCAGGGCACUCAACAACCAGUAUACCACACACGUCAACCAGUGCAGGGCACUCAACAACCAGUAUACCACACACGUCAACCAGUGCAGGGCACUCAACAACCAGUGUACCACACACGUCAACCAGUGCAGGGCACUCAACAACCAGUGUACCACACACGUCAACCAGUGCAGGGCACUCAACAACCAGUGUACCACACACGUCAACCAGUGCAGGGCACUCAACAACCAGUGUACCACACACGUCAACCAGUGCAGGGCACUCAACAACCAGUAUACCACACACGUCAACCAGUGCAGGGCACUCAACAACCAGGCACUCAACAAGCAGUAUACCACACACGUCAACAAGUGCACAACGACACCCAAAAGCCAGUAUACCACACACGGCAACCAGUGGACAACAAUACUCAACAACCAGUAUACCACACACGGCAACCAGUGGACAACAAUACUCAACAACCAGUAUACCAAUCACGCCAACCAGUGCACAACAAUACUCAACAACCAGUAUACCAAACAAGUCAACCAGUGCACAGCGACACUCAACAACCAGUAUACCAAUGACGCCAACCAGUGCACAACAAUACUCAACAACCAGUAUACCAAUCACGUCAACCAGGGCACAACAAUACUCAACAACCAGUAUACAAAUCACGCCAACCAGUGCACAACAAUACUCAACAACCAGUAUACCACACACGGCAACCAGUGCACAACAAUACUCAACAACCAGUAUACCACACACGGCAACCAGUGCACAACAAUACUCAACAACCAGUAUACCAAUCACGCCAACCAGUACACAGUGACACUAACAACCAGUAUACCAAUCAAGCCAACCAGUGCACAACAAUACUCAACAACCAGUAUACCAAUCACGUCAACCAGUGCACAACAAUACUAA